AUGAGUCAGUGCUUGCUUAUCAAGCAUGAGGAGUUGAAUUUGAAGCCCAGGACCACACCUGGCAAUAUUCACCUUUUCUCUGCUGAGAAAGCCUACCAUGAGCAGCUUACAGUAGCAGAGAUCACCAAUGCCUGCUUUGAGCCAGCCAACCAGAUGGUGAAAUGUGACCCUUGCCAUGGUAAAUACAUGGCUUGCUGCCUGCUGUACCGUGGUGAUGUGGUUCCCAAAGAUGUCAAUGCUGCCAUAGCCACCAUCAAGACCAAGCGUACCAUCCAGUUUGUGGACUGGUGCCCCACUGGCUUCAAGGUUGGCAUUAAUUACCAGCCUCCCACUGUGGUACCUGGUGGAGACUUGGCCAAGGUCCAGAGAGCUGUGUGCAUGCUGAGCAACACCACAGCCAUUGCUGAGGCCUGGGCUCGUCUAGAUUACAAGUUUGAUCUGAUGUAUGCCAAGCGUGCCUUUGUGCACUGGUAUGUAGGUGAGGGCAUGGAGGAGGGGGAGUUCUCUGAGGCCCAUGAAGACAUGGCUGCCCUGGAGAAGGAUUAUGAAGAGGUUGGGGCCGAUAGUGCUGAAGGAGAUGAUGAGGGUGAAGAAUAUUAGCCCCGUGGUGCAUUGUCUACCCUUCAUUGUCUUUUCUUUGUUGUUGUCUGUGUGUAACUGUCCUAAAUUGUCAAUAAAAAUGUUUCCAGUGCAAGUAGAAAAAAAAAAAAGAAAGGAAAGAAAAGUUUCUAUGCUAUUUCAAAAAUUAGAUGUUAGCUUGGUACACCUGAGGAUUGCCAGUUUGAGGCCAGCCUGAGCUGAAAAGUAAGACUGUCCAA